UCAAAGCCGCCAUUCUCUCAGCGCCUCAACGUCAACAACAUGGCAGGCCGGGGCGGGGAGCGGUGCAGCAAACUAUACCGCGCCUUCCUGGCCUCGGGGGGCGGCAGGGGCACCACGUUGGGCCUCCUCCCCGUGCUGUUCGAGAGCCCCGACAAGGUGGACCCCAACACCCGGACGGCCCUCAGCCACCUCAGCGACAGGGGGGAGCUCACGGGCAUGCAGCGCCUCAAGUUCAUGUUCAGCUAUGACGGCUAUGGCAACCUCAGCCCCGAGCUCUCCAUGGUGAUGCAGAGUGGGCUGAUGGGGGUGCUGACGGGGACGCUGAUUGGCGGGACGAUACACUCACGGGAGAGCUACCUCACCUUCCUGGAGCGUAACCAGGGGACGGCCUUCCAGAACGUGUUUGAGGCUCAGAAGGAGCUGCAAAAUAAGGUCACCGUCGGGUUUGGGCGCGGAGCGUUUAUUUGGGGGUGGCGGCUCGGCCUGUUCUGCAGUACCUUUAUGCUCUUCACCUCCUCUAUAGCGACCUAUCGCGGCAAAUCUUCAGUAAUAGAGUACAGUGCGGGAGGCACCAUCACAGGUGCAAUAUUUAAGCUUAAGAAUGGGCCCAAGCCUGCCAUCGCUGGGGCAGUGAUGGGGGGCGCUCUGGGGACAAUCGCUGGUUGUGUCAACCUGGCACUUCUUGCACUAUCAGGCACCACCAACGACCAGCUGCGGAAAUAUCACUACGAGUGGUACGAGCAUAAGCAGGAGGAGCGCCUCAAGAGCCUGCAUGCAGCAAGAGAGAAGGACACAGACACCCUUUCCUUGCAGCACAACAGCAAGGUGAACCCUGACCUGGACCCCCUGGCUGGUGUGACCGAUGAAACGCCUGAGCCGAAAGCCAACUCUAACACCGACACAAAUACGAAGCAAUGAAUACUGUGAUAUUUACCUCUUAAUUGUACAGACUGUUCCAAUAUUAACUGUGUACAAAUAUACUGUGCUGUAGUAA